AUGUGUGAUACGCUGGGAAAUGGUGCCGAGCCCAGGAUGCAGGCUAACGCUCCGCCCGUGGAUAACAAUGUUUGCAUGAUAUGCAAUGAAAGUUUCUUUUCCAAGCGCCGAGUCAGCGAACAUAUCCGAGAGGUACAUGGAAUCGCGAGGCCUUUCAGCUGCGACAUCUGCCGAGCUCGCUUUCCGUAUGCGUCGUCCCUGUAUAAUCAUUCCAGAAUUCAUUCUGACAACCGUCCGUUCAAGUGUUCCCUGUGUACGGCAGCUUUUCGAUGGAAGAACAGCCUCAAACACCAUAAGGCGUUCAUACACAAGGAGCAGGGCAAUAAGAUUGAAAUGGUUGUCAAGCAGCUGAGACUUGUUGCAUCUCAAGGACAGAAGGUUGUCAAGUAUCCGACAGGGCAAGGUGGUGUUGGUUCCAACUCCGGUGUCGGACAAUCCGGGGGACAGUGUUCGUCGUCAUCGUCAGCCACUGCGACUGUAGCGAGUGACCAUCAGCCGUUGCAGCAAGAGCAACACGCGAAUGUUGCAUCGUCGCCAUCAAGGUCGUCGUUUAUGACCAUGGUGACGCCGGCAGUCAAGAACGGCAGGAGGGAGUCGUCCAGUAGGUCCCGUCAUGGUUCCCGACUGGUGUCCAUUGCACCAAAGCCGUUGUCCUCGUUAUGUUCUUCGUCGGCCGCCACCGCGAUGAGUCUAGGUUCGCUGGCAGCAGCCGCCGCCGCCGCCGCCGCCGCUGCCGCUGCUGUUGCCACCGCCGAGCAAGGAGGGUGCGUCCCGCAGACGCAGGCGUCGUCGUCGACGACGACAGCGGCAGCGGCAGCGGCGACGACAGCGGCAGCGACGGUCGUCGACGACAAGGCGCAGCGGGUGACCCCGGGCUUUUUGAUAUCGCUCACACGCCACGUGUCCAACACGAACUCAGUGAACUGCUGUUCGCAGCCGGUAGAUGUGAAGUGUUCUUCGGUGAUUUCUGCGCAUCAGCUUGAAAGGCGCAAGGACGGAGAUGACCACGACGUUUGCGGCGGUUACGCAUCUGCCGCCGGGGCCGGCAACGGCGCCAGAGGCGUCGCUGACACCGACGUCGAGAUGUUACAGCCACUACAGCCGCCCCUGCCUCGUCCGCCACUAUACGCCAUUAUUGACCCGCUGUUAGAUGACGACGACGAGGACGAGGACGAAGACGGCGGCGGUGGCGGUGGCGGCGGCGAGGGAGACGAAGACAGCGGCGGCGGCGGCGACAGAACGGACACCAAACGAAAACGAGUGACUGCCGCCGCGCCGCAGUCGUUGUCGCAUGUUGCGACGAACAGAAACGGCGGUGAUUUGCCGCCGCCGCCACCGCCGCAGCCUCAGCCUCAGCGACGCCGUUGUUGCGACCGGGCGACGGACGACGCGUCGCGCGACUUUCCGGCCACCGCAUCUGCCGCCCACUGCUCUUGCGCUGAACUGCUGGAUCGAUUGCAGGGUUUUGAGAACUCGUUUUUGCAGUUCAAGUCGAACGUCGACGAACGCUUGACAGCCCUCGAAGAAGCGGUCACCGCGGUCGUUGUCGCUGCCGCCGCCGUCGAAAACGUACCGCCGAACACCACCACCAGUACGUGA